AUUUUGGUUGGCACCAUUGGUUAGACACUGUCGAUCAGUCGAUGUCAACGCUCUACAAACAAUCCUUCAGUCUUUCAUAGAAGGUGUUUGUAGAGAUGGCACCAGCAGAGAAAAGCAAAAAGUCUCGCCCCAGGAAUUACGACCUGGGGAAUGGAGUUGUUCGGUUCUCCAGAUCCAGGGUUUACCACAAGAAGGCCCUUUACAAGUUUGUGGGCAAGAAAGUUGCUCCCACAAAGAAACCCGGCAAGCCCAAAGUGGUUGUAAAGCCAAUCGGUGGAGACAAGAAUGGAGGCACACGUGUUGUGCUGGUUCAGAAGCGGCGCGAAGUGUACCCGACGCAGGAAAAAAUUAAGAAGAGGCCAGGAAAGCGGCUCUUUAAAAAUCAUGUAAGGACUCUUCGUCCCAGCAUCACCCCAGGAACUGUUCUGAUCUUGCUGGCUGGAGGUCACAAGGGCAAAAGGGUAGUUUUCUUGAAGCAGCUUCAAUCAGGACUUCUCUUAGUUACUGGGCCUUUCCAGAUCAACGCCUGCCCUUUGAGACGCAUUAGUCAAAGAUACGUGAUUGCCACUCAAACGAAAAUCGAUAUCAGUACCGUGAAAAUUGACGAUAAAAUCAACGAUGAAUACUUCAAACGGCAGCGCGAAAAGAGGGCGAAAAAGGAAGAAGGUGAUGUCUUCCAAAAGAAGAAGGAAGGGUACAAAGUGAGCGAGGAGAGGAAAGUUGACCAGAAGGCAGUCGACAAACAGGUUCUAGAAGGAAUCAAGAAGCAUCCUGAUAGGAAAAUUCUGUUGGCCUACCUAUACGCUAGUUUCGGGCUCAGAUCCAGCCAAUUCCCACAUCGAAUGCAAUUUUGAGGGUUGGGUGUAAUUUUUAAACAUGUUUGGGCCUGCUUUAUUUUCAAAUAGAACAAGUCCAUACAUAUUUUUUGUAUUAUUUCAUCUAUAAACCGAACUGGCUUUGAA